AUGACAUCCUAUGAAACGCCCACCAACAACUUGGUCGGUCCUCUGUUGACCGACCUGUAUCAGAUCACCAUGACCUACGCCCACUGGAAGAAUAAACGCCACGAAGAGCACUCGGUCUUUGAGUUAUUCUUUCGUAAGAAUCCGUUCAAGGGAUCUUUCACCCUUUUUUGUGGCCUGGAUGAAGUCGUCAAGCAUUUGCACGCCUUCAAGUUUUCUCAAGAGGACAUUGACUACUUAAAAUCCACGCCAUCCCUGCAGCACUGCGAUCCAGGAUUCUUUGACUACUUGCUGCAACUCGAUUGUUCCAAGACUCAGAUCCAAGCCCUGCCGCAGGGAUCCUUGGCCUUUCCACGCGUCCCUUUGGUGAUUGUGUCGGGGCCCUUGGGAGUGGGUCAGCUUUUGGAAACAACACUGCUGACACUUAUCAAUUAUCCUAGUUUAUUGGCCACCAAUGCGGCUCGUAUGGUUCUGCGCGCCCAUGAUCACGACAAUCAUCGACCACAAUCUGCCGACUUGCCACGGCAAUGCCAAAAACAGAUUCUAUGUGCCGAAUUUGGGUUGCGUCGAGCUCAAGGCCCCGAUGGUGGAUUCUCGGCCUCCAAAUACGCCUUUGUGGGUCUCUUUGCUGCCACGUCCAAUGUCAAGGCCGGGAAAGAGUUGGGCAUUCCCAUUGUGGGAACUCAUGCACAUGCCUUUGUGCAAUCCUACUUGUCACUAGAUGAAGUUCAAGAGCUUACCGUGGCCAACAAGAAUAGCGGUGGACAAGUCAAUCUGUUGGAAAAAGUACUGGAGUACAGAGACAACAAGAAUGGAGCCAAUUUGGGAGAAGAUUUCCAGAAAACCAACGAUGGAGAACUGGCAGCCUUUAUUGCUUAUGCGUGUGCCUUUCCCGACUCGUUCCUGUGUUUGGUCGAUACCUACGACACUGUCAAGAGCGGCUUGUUGAACUUUUGCAUGGUGUCGUUGGUCCUGGGCGAUCUAGGAUACACCCCCAAAGGAAUUCGUCUGGAUUCGGGUGAUUUGGCGGCCCUGUCCAUGGCCUGUGCACACAAGUUUGCCGAGUUGGCUAAAUCGCAAAAUCGCCCCUUCUUUCAUGAUUUGGACAUUGUAGCGAGCAACGACAUUAACGAAAAAACACUGGUGAAAUUGAAUCAACAGGGUCACGCAAUCACGCUCUAUGGUAUAGGUACCAACUUGGUAACGUGCCAAGCUCAGCCGGCCUUGGGAUGUGUCUACAAACUAGUGGAACUCAACGGGAAACCGCGGCUGAAGCUCUCCCAGGAGAUAGCCAAGGUCCUAAUUCCGGGGCGAAAACGAGCCUACCGACUUUUCGGGAAAAAGGAAGCACCGUUGUUGGAUUUAAUGGUAGACGCCGACAAGGACGACCCCCCCGAGGCCGGAAAGCCAGUCCUCUGCCGCAAUCCAUUCCAAGCCAUGGAUCGUGUCAUGGUCACACCAAGCCGUGUAACUCUGCUGCAUGGUGUGUAUUUUGACGGAGGCAAGGAGGCGUUAGAGUCAGUGGGAAGCUUACAGGAGAACCGAAACCUUGUGAAGGAACAGCUGGGGGGCGUUGCCGGCAUGGGUAUCCUGGACUAUGAGGAACCAAAGCAGUACCCUGUGAUGGUGUCUGACAAUCUGUACAACUUUCUACAUACCAUGUGGCAAGAGCAGCUGCCUGUACCCGAGUUGAGUUGA